AUGUUAACUUCAACCGUGACCGUCACCACGAACCAGCAAGCCGACCGGUCCAUCGUAGUGGAUCCGGAAAACGAUACAAAGAUCACCACUGCGACCGAAGAUGAGCAGUUCCAAGCUACGGCACGUGGAGACCGUAAUGGAACUCUGAAGCUACGGGGCAUUCCCAUGUUCACUGAUAUGCACGAAAAGCGUAAAUGGAUGAAGGAGCACAUGGCAGCUGCGUUUCGGUUCUUUGGAAGGCAGGGAUACGGAGAGGGCAUUUCAGGACAUAUCUCGAUGAGAGACCCCGUAUUGAAAGACCACUUCUGGAUGAACCCAUACGCAAAGCACUUCUCCAUCAUGAAAGCUUCAGACUUAGUCCUUGUCGACGGCGAGGGCUAUGUAGUCGAAGGAGGUGCGCAGGCACCGAUAAACGAGGCCGGAUUCAUGAUCCAUUCCGAGAUUCACAAGGCUCGUCCGGAUGUGGUCGCGGCUGCGCAUACUCACGGGAUUUAUGGAAAGACGUGGAGUGCGUUUGGUAAGCCGGUUGAGAUGCUUUCACAAGAUGCGUGUAACUUCUAUGGAAAGCUGAGCGUAUAUGACAGCCAUGGGGGUAUUGCAUUGGCUCAGGAGGAAGGGCAACAGAUUGCGAAGGCCCUUGGGGAGAAGAAUAUUGCAUGUAUUCUGCAGAACCACGGUCUUCUGACAGUGGGCCACACCGUCGACGAAGCAGCCUUUCUCUUUGCCAGUUUAGAUCAUGCGUGUCACUCCCAGCUCAUGGCCGAUGCUGCUGCCGCAAAUGGUGUGCCCAAGAAGAUUAUCCCGCAUGACGUUGCCAAAUUCACGGCUGAUGCUGUUCAGAAUCCGCACAACUUCUACACUGAAUUCCAACCUGAAUUCGAGCUGACAGUGGAGGAAAGCAAUGGGAGGGUUCUUCAGUGA